AUGGGCAGGGGGAAGGGAGUGAAAAGGAGGGAGUGAAUGAGGAGGGAGAAGGCUUGGCUGGGAGAGAACGCAAGGCUGGAGGGAAAGUUGCUGGAGAAAGACAUGCUGCUGGGUUCAGGCUGGAAGAAGAGGACGGAGGAUAUUGGCAAAAUCUACGACAUCAGAGAGAAACUUGGGGCGGGAGCAUUCUCGGAGGUGUUUCUGGCCCAGAAUCGAUCCUCCAAGAGACUGGUGGCUCUCAAGUGUAUCCCGAAGAAGGCUCUGAGGGGGAAGGAGGUAGCUGUAGAGAAUGAGAUUGCUGUUCUCAAAGAAGUAAGGAAAGUCAGUCACCCCAACAUUGUGGCUCUUGAAGAUGUCCAUGAGAGCAGCUCCCAUCUCUACCUGGCCAUGGAACUGGUGACAGGGGGGGAACUGUUUGAACGCAUCAUGGAACGGGGCUCUUACACAGAGAAGGAUGCCAGCCACCUGGUGGGGCAGGUCUUGGGAGCUGUCUCCUACUUACACAGCCUGGACAUCGUGCACCGUGACUUAAAACCUGAGAAUCUUCUGUAUGCCACCCCCUUUGAGGAUUCUAAGAUCAUGAUUUCUGACUUUGGCCUGUCCAAGAUCCAAGAGAGCAAUGUCUUGGGCACUGCCUGUGGGACCCCAGGCUAUGUUGCCCCUGAACUCCUGGAACAGAAGCCCUAUGGGAAGGCUGUAGAUGUCUGGGCCCUGGGGGUCAUCUCCUAUAUUCUUCUGUGUGGCUACCCCCCCUUCUAUGAUGAGAAUGACUCGGAACUCUUCAGUCAGAUUCUGAAAGCCAACUAUGAGUUUGACUCUCCGUAUUGGGAUGACAUCUCUGAAUCGGCCAAAGAUUUCAUUCGGCAUCUCUUGGAGAGGGACCCUGAGAGGCGGUUCAGCUGUGAGCAAGCCUUGCAGCAUCUUUGGAUCUCUGGAGACACAGCCCUGGACAAGAACAUUCUCAGUUCUGUCAGUGAGCAGAUCCAGAAGAAUUUUGCUCGGACCCACUGGAAGAGGGCAAUCAAUGCCACGUCCUUUCUUCGGCACAUCACCAAGAUGGGACAGAGCACUGAGGCAGAUGGGGAUGAGGGAGGACCUCAGAAAAAGUGAUGAUGCCUCAUGCCAACUGGCCACUCAUUCAUCAAGAAAUCCCUUCACCUGAAGCUGGAACAGCUGGAAGAGGAGCCCGCUCUUUGACUCUCAUGGAUGUUGCAAUCAAUUUCUUUCCUGCCUGUGCCCUGAAUACCUUCCUCCUUCUUUCCCCUCUUCCCCCCUCCCCCAGUCGUAACUAUCUGUGCCUGGCACCCCUGACCCCUCAAUCACGGGGUCUCAUAGUUUGGGCUGGAUUGUCUGGAUGUGUGUGUGUGUGUGUAGGCCCGGGGGCUGGAGGUAGGGGGGUCUGGGGGAUCCCUCUGGUUUGAGGGGAGACACUGGUGCUGCGGGGGGGGAAUGAAUGUUGAGGAGGUCCCAGUGAAAGUGUAGUCUGGGAAGCUAGAAGGAAGAGGGGGCUUGAGCUAGAAGCUUGACUGCUGCUCCCAUCCUGCUCCCCAUGAGGGGGCAGGGCCUGGGCCUGGGGUUUUCUUAGUUCCUCUGAAAGGGACUCAACCCCUUCAUAGGGGAGGCAGUGAAGAGGAAAGUGGGGAUGAGGGAAGAUCAAUGAGGGAGACUAAAAAUCCCAGAGGGGCUUUUGGGCUCUUGAGUGAGCUAUUUUCACAUUUAAAGCUUCCCUUUCUCUGAACAGUUAACAUGGAUGGCGAUGGACUCAGUUGGUCUAUUAAAGUUCUGCCUAGCUCAAAAUUCAUUGUCUCCAUGAAUGGGGAUCCCUUUCCCUCUUCCUUUUGGCCCAGGGUAUGUCUGUCUGUUUAUCUGACUGUGGUCCUUCCUGUCCCUAGCAGCCCUUCCUAGCCCUAGCAUUUGCCAUUUCAUCAAGCAAAUAAAAUUAUUUUAAAAAAAA